GUGGCCGCUAGUUACAAGUACCGCUAAGUCACCUCAACCAUCACACCUGUUGGCUCUCCACUUGCCUGCCAGACGCACGAACACCCCACCAUUACUCCCCAAAAUCAACCCACGUUCCAAACCUAACAACCUCCCCGUCUACCAACCACCUCCAUCCCUUGUUUGCCGUGAACCAUCACUUAAAAAAGGAGGUAGUUAGGUGAGAGAGAGAGCAGCAGCAGUAGCAGGAGCCGGGUGAUGGAGACACAAGGUUCCUUCAUGGAGGUGAAGACUCCAGCAGCUUUUAGUCGUGUUCCAGGGGAGACGUGGGGAGGUUGCCAGACCUGAAGGACGCACUGCAAAAACUGUCUCGACGUAGUGGUGGUGGCAAGUGUCAUAACAUUACAGCACUCAGGUGUAGUGUGUAGACUUCUUGAAGGUGUUGACGGUCAACAUCGGUACACUGGUGUAGAGCAGGAGGUAAACCUGACCUGUGUGGGUGACACCAGGAACUGUUGACGGAGGAAGGAGGAGGAGGAGAGGGAGGUGGAUGUGUGGAGGAGUGAGGAGGAGGAGGGGCAGGAGACAAGGCCGCUGGCUGAGGGCAUGAUGCCCUCACCUACCUCCCCUCAGUACCAAGUAGGCAGCAGCACUGUGAUAGGCUUCCCUUGCAAGACACUCUCCCUCGUUGCUCUCCACACCAACACCCGCACGCCCAAACUCUACCACGCCCGCACGCCCCACCAUCUCCCUGCACGCCCUCACUACCCCAGUGACUCUAACAUGGGCACCCUGGCUACCCCCGUGCGCUGUCCCGUGGCCACCUCCCCCAGGGAGCAACUGGGGUGUCUGCCUGAAGGUGUGCAUCCCCUGCGCUCAGGCAUCAACAAACAUCGUCUCAAGUCAACAUCGUCUUCCAUCUGUGAUGAGGGUGAGUGGCAGAGGAGUGCCUCGCCGGCACCUUCCACCCACAGUGGGCACUCCUCGCCCUCUGAAGUAGGUGACUCGGGGGUGUGUUCAGAGCACGACACCCCACCGCCAGCAACACGACACCCGACACGACCACGUUCCCUGCGACACCACACCUCCUCCGAUUCCGACAACGAGAGUACCGUCUCCAGCGACUCCCUGACAGAGUCCUCCCGGGGCCACAUCAAGUACCAAUGGGCAUCUUCCUGCAGGACAUCUUCCUCCCGCCGCUCCUCUCGGUCCUUCAGCCAGACCCGCAACAACAAUAACAAAGCCAUUUUACCAGACUCUCUCCUCAACGAGAUCAGGGAAAAAUGGCAGGAGAUGCAGCUUCGCAGGCAGCACCAGCAGCACCAACAGCAGCAGCAGCAGCAGCAGCAGCAGCAGCAGCAGCAGCAGCAGCAGCAGCAGCAGCGUCGCACGGACGCGCAGGAACGACCCCAGCAGCUGACCAGGACAGGAGCACAGUGGUCGUCUGUACGACACCGUCGCUCCUGCCCCGCUAGUCCUUCCCUAUCCCGCUGUUCAUCCAACUUCUCCUCUACACUAUCCCUCUUUGAGGAGGAGAUUGACUCGGCGCGGAUGUCGCCGACCUAUCUGGAAGGAUGGCGGGCGGCACUGGUGCCACAGAUGGCGCCAGGGGACGACACCCGCUCCCUCUACGAGUGUAGGGACGACACAGCGGGCCAGGGCUUCGCCGGCAUCAGGGAUAUCUUCUCCCCCCAGCAGGAGUCCACCAUUAAGAGUUACAAAGGCACCGUCAGGGGCGUCAAGAACCGCGUCAGGGCCGGCAUCGCUACUUUCACUUCUGAUCAGAGAAUUACUAAGCACUUCAUGGAUCGGGAGCGGGGGAAGCUGGUGGUGUACGUGACGACUCUGGGCAUCGUUCGUGAGACCUACGAACGCUGCCUACGCUUGCGUAAGAUCCUGUGGACGCUGCUGGUACGCUUCGAGGAGAGGGACGUGUUCAUGGCCCGGGACACCCAGCUGCAGCUCCUGGACCGUCUCAGGACCAGGACAGUCACUGUCCCACAUCUCUUCAUAGAGGGACAGUACCUUGGGGAUGCUGAGCAGAUAGAGAAGAUGAACGAGUGUGGUGAGCUGAGGAGACUUCUCCAGCCUUACAAGCGUGCGACGACGUGUAGCGUGUGCGACACGUGUGGUGGCUUCCGUCUGCUCCCGUGCACCGUCUGCAAUGGCUCCAAGAAGUCCGUUCACCGUAACGACUUCACUCUGGAGUUCGUGGCUCUCAAGUGCUCCAGCUGCGACGAGUCCGGCCUCGUCAAGUGCAUGGACUGCGCCGAGUACAAGGACGACCUGGAGGACCAGCAGGUGUAGCGUGAUGACCUCCUGAUCACAGGGGAGAGCUGGGGGAGGAUCGAGGUUCAUCUCGAAGCCUUGCAGCAGAUGUGAGGCAUUUGUCCGUCCGUCUGGAGAGUCGCCUUCGACGCCUGAGAGGUUGUAGAAGUUGGUCUCGCGCCUUUAAAAUGAGGUCGACUUUGAUACUCAUAGGAUAAAAGGAGCGUUGUUGACCCGGAGACAAGGUGGAAGUUGACAUUCGUCCAGUGUUUAGGUGGCCACAAGAGUUUCCGUCACUAAGCCCGUUUAUGUGGUCACAACUUGCUUUAGAGCUUUGUAGAUAGUGGAGCAAGUAGCGCUUCUAAUGUCACAGACGCGGCCAGUUGGGAUAAUACCAGAGAAGCCAAGUGUUUCUUGUGUGUUGCAUUGCUCACCUUGUAAAUAGUCAAAACCAGCUUCAGCACAAAAAAAUACCCGAUAGACGGGCCUGUUCUCCCCCACAAUACUGGCUUCGUGUCUCGUCUCUGUUCCCUAAUUAUGUUUCUACUUAGCUGUGCUUGCAGGGUCGAGCAUAGCUCCCGGCCCUACCUUUAUAGACUGUGAUUCGCUGAGCUUCACCGGCAUAUUAUCCAUGUGUAAAUAUAAGUGUAACCACCGUCACGCAAAUAAACAUAUUGUAACAAGAGAGACUAACGAGAAGACACUAAAGAUGUGAGGAAGCAGUAUGAUUUUAGCACUAAGCUACACUCCCGAGAUCACCGGAGGAAAAGCUUGCUAGCCGUGUCGACCAAAAAUUGUCAACCUUGAUGAAAGAGUUAGCACUGAGUACAGGAAAAUAAUGAAAGAAGCCAAGAAAACGCAGAUUUAAUAAUACUGGUGUUUAGUGCGCAGAGACACGUGUGUAAUGUUGUUACUCCAAGAUGGGAAUUACAGACAGAUGAUACUGUAGUCUCCACCUAACACUGGUCACUUUUAGUGUUGAUGGCUAAGCCAGUAAAGAAGUGAGACAAGACAGACCGUAAAGGGGCCUACCUGAUGCAGCCGACAAGUGGCAAGUGGUGCGCAGAGGGACGAAUGCGCAUAGCAAUGCGUGCACAAGACAUACUACACACUACUCACGCUUUGUAUAUAAGAAUCUCUCUACAUAUAUUUUUUUUGUAUUAACAUUAUUAAAUGUAAUCUAAUAUUUAAAUACCAGAAGCACCAGCUGCUUGACAAGUUAACAGUAACUCAAGUCACUGUUAUGUACUAUUUAAAAGAAUUAAAUACGCUUUAGUGGUUAGUUAAGAGAGGAUUGUAAUCCUCUGGUUACUGCUUGCCAUGUGUGUCGUGUACACGAAUUAGUACCUAGCCUUUAAACAUAGCACUAGUUAGCUAACACUGUUAUUGUAUUACGAGGCAAGCUGUAGUUAGGGCUUACCCACUGAUUCAGCCAGUGAAUAAGUUAACAUACGACUGAAGCGGUGAAUAAGUCAAUAUCUAUGAAUAAACGGUUUAGAAGACCGACCAGUUGAUAAACUAGACACCAGAGCAACACUGGGAACGUUGACCUAGCCAGCGACUCCUUCAGUCCAGCGUAGAGAAAGGGAAGACUGAGGAAGCCACUGGCUGGUGAAACGUUUCUAGAAUCAAGAUACCCGAAGGUUGCACAUGUGUCUCAUUUAUUAAGUCAACAUGUGACUGAACCAACGCUUGACUCAUCACCUGUUAACUCAUUGACUUAUUCACUGAUUGGUCAUAGAAAAUCGAGUAACUUACACAUGUCCGUAAACCACUAGAUAAAACUUGUUUUCCUGUUAGUAAUGUAGCUUGUUGUGGUGGACCUAGUAGCGAGGUGCUGGAAUUUGUUACGUGUGUGUGUCCGUAUCUCAGAUGUGUCCGUGGGGCGAGUGUGUCCUUCAAACAAGAACCGUAGCUUCUUCACACCUCUGAAGAUGUCUUGAGAGAGACGAAAGCCUUGAUGUCCCUGUUCUCUUCUUCUUGUGAGAACUGACAAACUUGUGUGAUGUAUUUGUAUUUGUAAAUGUGUUGUAGGGCAUACAAGUGUUUAUCACGUACUGGUGUCUAAUACAAGUGUAAACCACAUAAUACCACUGUAUGUACGUAAUGUAUGUAUGAAUGUAUA